GCCUGUGUCAAACCCGUUUAUUUUGGUUACGGCACAUGGCACCGCGAGCAGUGCGCGCGCAGCCACAGGUGAUGGUUCAUGCGUGCCAUCUUAACAUCUGACGCCGCGGAGGAGAUAUAAAGGCGCCGGCAGCGCCUCGGUGCCUCCACACGGACGGAGCGAAGUCUUGGAGCUGCUGAGGACAGUCGAGGUGAAGUGGGACUACAGUCUGUUUGGGUGUGUUCAGCGUUUUUCCCGGAGAAGAGAUUAAACAGGUGGAGAACGCACCUUCAGGCACAACACCUCGAGUUUUGACCAGACUGUGUGUUUAUCCAAUGGCGUUUACGCUGAACCUGAUCGGUCCUUCGCCAUGGGGCUUCAGAAUAUGCGGAGGAAGAGACUUCAAAAAGGCGUUAACCGUAUCAAAGGUCAACGGGGGCAGCAAGGCAGAGCAGGCAGACUUGCAAACUGGUGACGUUAUCUUGGAGAUCAAUGGGGAAAACACGGCCGACAUGCUGAACGUGGAGGCCCAGAACAAGAUCAAGAACUCCAAGACUCAGCUGCAGAUGCUCGUGGAAAGACCUGAACCUUCAAACCGUAGACAAACCAACGGCAUCAGCACCCCUGAACAGCUCACCGGACGCUUCCAGGAGGCCGUAAUAGUGAGUCGAGACGAGAACCAGAACUAUAGAGAUUACAACAUCUACAGCCCGGCAUCUGUGUCCCCAGGACCGUACUCACCAAUUCCUCCAGCCAGCCCUGAUGGAAAGAAGGAGCAGCUGGCACCAAACAUGAACAAGAGUGUACAGCUGCGCUCGUGGUCCCCAGAGGAGAAGAUGCACAGACUGUCCAGACCUCUCUCACAGGAGUAUUCCUCUUCAGACUACAGGAAUAACUCGGUGUCCAGCCGAACUCCCACACCACCGGGAUCCUACUCGCCACAAAGCCCCGUCGAUCGGGACGUGCCCAUGUCACCUAGACGCAGCAGUACCAGUUCUGAGUCUGUCAUGCAGCGGUUCGACAAGGACUCGGAGGUGUACAAGAUGAUCCAGGAGAAUAAGGAGUCCCGCACACCGCCCCGUCAGUCCAACACCUUCAAAAUGCUGCAGGAGGUCCUGGAAGCUGACGAGAAAGAGGCAGCAAUGCGGUUUCCAGGGAAGUUUUCACCCAACCCCCCGAAACCCACCACAUCUGUGGGAGGAGUCAGCAAAUACCACACCUGUGAGAGGUGUGGCACCAGCAUUGUCACUCAGGCCGUGCGCAUCACAGACGACAACUACCGCCAUCCAGAGUGCUACACCUGCACAGAUUGCGGCCUGAACCUCCGGAUGAGAGGUCACUUUUGGGUUGGAGAUGUGAUGUACUGUGAGAAGCACGCCAAGGAGCGGUACCAGGGCCCGGGCACCUCGCCGCUCGCCGCCGUAGUGCCUCGCCACUGAGCCGUCCCCUUCGCGCCUGUCUCACUCUGGACAUGAAGGGCCGCUCGUCUGCCUGAAGCUCCUCCUCAUCCUCACGCCGGGUUACACGCCUCGGGACGUCGCCGCAGAGGCCGACACGAGUCAAUGCUGUGGUCGAGGAUGCGAUUUUUCUGGUCAACAUUAAAAAAAAAAUACUUUGCAAUAUUAUGAUACACUUUCUUGCCUCUCUUGUAACUGUAUGAGGAUUGAGGCUUUGUUUUUUCAUAUAGCGCAGUCUCCACAGUCUCGAGGUUAUUCUUAGAUCUAAUGAUUCACAGCUGCCAUGGACUCCAGCCACAUCACGUUGCGCUCCGGCCAGAUUUACAUAAUUCUAGACACGCUCAGCAGAAAGGACUCUCCGAGGAUCAGGAUCAUCAUUCGAUUUUUCUGCCGACACAAAAGGGACCAAAAUCUAACUUGGACUGCAUGCCGUUAACAACAGAACUGUACUGUACCCAGGCAGCGCUGUGUGUGUGUGUGGGGGUGUGUGUGGGUGUGUAUGGGUGCGUGCUUUCACGGGCAGAAGUGUGAUGGCUUCUUUAUGCCUCCCCCUGCAUCUGUGUGUGUGUGUGCGCAUAAUUGCAUGAGUGUGUGUGCGUGAGAGAGAGAGAUGGAGAAGAGGAAGUGGGGUCCAAGUUGUUAUUGAAACAAAGGAGUUUGUGAAUUUUGCGCUAGAGUCAGGCCAAAAGCCCUCCAGUUUUUCUGUAUUUCUUUUGUAAGCAGAAUUUGAUUAGAAAUGAAAAAAGUAAAAAAAAAAAAAAUAUCAGGCUUGUCUGGCUGUUGUGUUGCUUUUGAGGGACUA